AGGCUGUAGCCGCCGCCGCGCGCUUCGGCAGGCCGGAGAGGGUGGGGGGAGGCCUGUCAGUCUCGUGCGUUGCCUGGGCGAAGGGGGCGGAGCUUUGGCGUGGGGCGGCCAAUAGUGGGGGUGGCUGCGUGGGUCGCCAUGGGGACGGGGCUGUUCCCGGGGAGGCUGUGAUGGGUUGACAGGUGCGUGACAGUGGGAGCUGCUCUCGGCACAAGCAUGUACGGCAAAGGCAAGAGUAACAGCAGCGCCGUCCCGUCCGACAGCCAGGCCCGGGAGAAGUUAGCUCUCUACGUAUAUGAGUAUCUGCUCCAUGUAGGAGCUCAGAAAUCGGCCCAAACAUUUUUAUCAGAGAUAAGAUGGGAAAAGAACAUCACGUUGGGGGAGCCACCAGGAUUCUUACAUUCUUGGUGGUGUGUAUUUUGGGAUCUGUACUGUGCAGCUCCAGAAAGACGGGAAACAUGUGAACAUUCAAGUGAAGCAAAAGCCUUCCAUGAUUACAGUGCUGCAGCAGCUCCCAGCCCAGUGCUAGGAAACAUUCCCCCAGGAGAUGGCAUGCCCGUAGGCCCUGUGCCACCAGGGUUCUUUCAGCCUUUUAUGUCACCUCGAUACCCUGGAGGUCCAAGGCCCCCACUGAGGAUACCUAACCAGGCACUUGGAGGUGUCCCAGGAAGUCAGCCAUUACUUCCCAGUGGAAUGGACCCAACUCGACAGCAAGGUCAUCCAAAUAUGGGUGGGCCAAUGCAGAGAAUGACUCCUCCAAGAGGAAUGGUGCCCUUAGGACCACAGUCUGACCCUUGGUUAUCAUUACAGAACUAUGGAGGUGCAAUGAGACCCCCACUGAAUGCUUUAGGUGGCCCCGGAAUGCCUGGAAUGAACAUGGGCCCAGGUGGUGGUAGACCUUGGCCAAACCCAACAAAUGCCAAUUCAAUACCAUACUCCUCAGCAUCUCCUGGGAAUUAUGUAGGUCCUCCCGGAGGUGGAGGGCCACCAGGAACACCCAUCAUGCCUAGUCCAGCAGAUUCAACCAACUCUGGAGACAACAUGUAUACUUUAAUGAAUGCAGUACCUCCAGGACCUAACAGGCCUAAUUUUCCAAUGGGCCCUGGGUCAGAUGGUCCUAUGGGUGGAUUAGGAGGAAUGGAGUCACAUCACAUGAAUGGCUCUUUAGGCUCAGGAGAUAUGGACAGUAUUUCCAAGAAUUCUCCCAAUAAUAUGAGCCUGAGUAAUCAACCGGGCACUCCAAGGGAUGAUGGCGAAAUGGGGGGAAAUUUCUUAAAUCCUUUUCAGAGUGAGAGUUACUCCCCUAGCAUGACAAUGAGUGUGUGAUCCAUUACCAAGUCUCCUCAUGGAAACCACAGUGAGUCAGCCCUUCACAGAACUACUACGGAAGAAAAUUAUUCAUCACAGUGUACAGUUAAACAAAGGAAUCUCAGUCACACCAAACCAACCUUUUUAUUUCCUGCUCUCUCCCCUAUUUUGUGAAGAAAGCGGGUCCAAACGUGAUUCGAACAACUGUACGGAGCGGCACAUUAGAAUUGCCCUCAACUGAACUGCAAAUGAUUAUCUGUGUAUGUAUAUGUGUGGGAAAGAGAAUGUAUCGUAUGUGUGUAUGUUAUAUGGACACAUGCACAUACGUACAUUGACCCACAGGACAUUGUAAAAUACUAUCACAUGACAUCUUAAGUAGAAAUGAGUAGGGACUUUUAUUCCAUCCUUUUUUUCACGUUUACAUUUUAAUUAUUAAAAGUUGCUCCUGCCCCUCCCUGAACUAUUUUGUGCUGUGUAUAUCACUGCUUUAUAUAAGUUAUUUUUUAAGGUGAACUCAGAUGUUAUGGUUUUGUAAAUGUCUGCAAUCAUGGAUAGGAAUAAAAUCGCUUAUUUGAGAGCUUUCAUUAAA